AUGAAUCCGGACGGGGCCCGCCAGCUGGACUUCAUCUACCAUCUGUUUAGUAGCACCCCACCACUCGGCGAUCGACAACAGGAUGUGGCGCAAGGAGAAGGAGAGCGCGAGGGCCCGACGAUGCUCACCGCCGUCCUGGUAUUCUGGAUCCCGUUCGGCCUGCUGCUCAUCAACCUCCUCACGAUCGCACGGCUGCCACGGCUCCGCUGGAACUUCUUCAGCGCCUUCAUCACACUCGCCGACCUGCCUGGAGAACACGCACAAGUGACGCGUGCCCCGCCGGCCUGGAAGCAGCCUGCCCUAGUCGCCGGCGCCGCCGCCCUCCUGCCGCCCUCAUUGGCCGGCUUCAGCUACCAGAUCAUCCAGCAUCCUGUGCUCUUCGAUCCGCACAACGCCGGGGCAAUCAUCCCCAUGCUGGUCUGGCUGUACUCCUUAAUCUAUCUAUCCAUACGCACCAUCACUCGACCGGUCUACCAACUCCUGCUGCUCUGGACAUCUCUGGCCGUCGCAGAAGCUGUCAAGAUCUCGCUGGCAAUAGACGCCGAUGGGGCGCCAUCCAAGCUGAUUAUCAUCUGGAGGGCCCUGCAUAUCUUGCUGAUCCUCGGGCUGAUCUACGUGGCCGGCUCGUACCCGAUCCUCGACGUCUUGCCGUGCCAAAACGUCGCCAAACCAGGCACAGCUCCCUCCGCAAACGAUACCUGUCCCGAAGAUACCGCCUCCUUGUGGCAGUGGCUCUCCUUCUCCUUCCUCGAUCCUCUCUUGCAACUCUCUCAGCAAAGAGCGCUUAAAGAAGAAGACGUCUGGAAACUCUCCCCCUUCUUCCAGCAUCGGAUACUGUUCGCGCGUUACGUCAGACUGAUCAAAGAAGAAUAUCCAUCGGCAGAUCGGAAGAUCAGUCUGAUAUGGAUCUUGGUCCGGUCGAAUUCGCUAGAUUUGAUGAUCUCCUUGCUCGUAGAUCUGUGGUCCGCCGUCGUUGGCUUCGUGUCCACGUACGCAAUCAAACGGAUCUUAGACGGGCUGUCAUUCGGCGAUAGAUCGCUCUCAUUCAAAUUUGCAAUCCUACACUUCUUGUGCAACAUGAGUUUUGCGCAGCUCGAUCUCUGUGGGAAAUGGCACGCUAGGAGGUGUUAUGAGAGAACCCGCGGGCAGCUGUUCAAUAUUUUACAUGAUAAAGCUCUUAGACGGAAAGACAUGAGCGGGGUGGUGCUGUCCAAACCCAGCUCAUCCGAGUCAGAAGAGACAGACAAAAACGACCAAAGCCAUGCAAACAUUGGCAAGAUUUCUAAUCUGAUGGCCGGAGAUUCGUACCAAGUCGCCGAGCAGUUCUGGCACUCUGCGGCCGUCGUCACAAGCCCACUGCGGCUCGUGAUUUCCCUAGUGUUCCUGUACAAGCUGCUCGGCUGGAGCGCGUUCUUUGGCGCUGGCAUGGUUGGCGCGGCCUACUUGUUGAAUUGGCCGCUGAUAAAGUUCGAUGUUAAGUUUUCGCGAGAGUACUCUCACGCGCGGGAUAAACGGAUGACCAUCGCCACUGAAACUAUACAAUCUAUCCGUUUCCUGAAAUUUAUGGGAUGGGAAAAUAAGUGGGAAAGCAAGGUUCAAAGUUCCAGGGAAUUAGAGCUGUCGCUUAGGAUCAAGCAGAUGAUCCUUUCGGCGAUCAUUUCCUUCAUUUGGAUCUUCGUGCCGACGGCGGUCUUAUUGAUCUCUUUCUGGGCCUUCACCUCGGUCUUCCACCAACCACUGACCGUUAGUAUUGCCUUCACCUCGAUUUCUCUGUUCACUCAGCUCCAAUGGGCUCUCCAGGAGCUUCCGAACCAAAUCACCGCGUGGUUGAGAGCCUUGGUAUCUGUCAGACGGAUCGAGAAGUUCCUGGCCGAGGAAGACGUGCCUGCAUGGGUGACGAGCCUGAGCCGAGUAGAAGCGGACGAGGAGGGCCAACAACCAGUGUCUGAGCCUGGCUCGAUCCGCUUCGAUCAGGCGUCCUUCACGUGGCCCCAGUCGGAGGAAUCCAAGAAAACGGAGUCGUUCGUCUUGGGACCCGUCACAUUGGACUUGCCCGUCGGCAAAUUGUGCAUCGUCACUGGCCCCACCGGGUCUGGUAAAAGCAGCUUCUUGUGCGCUAUCCUGGGAGAAAUGGAUUGCGUCGAGGGCUCUGUGCUUGUGGAUAAGGCGGAUGGGAAGCUGGCCUAUGCGUCCCAAACAGCCUGGCUGGAGUCCGCCACAAUCCGGGAGAACAUUGUCUUCCAGAGUGAAUUUGACCAGAGUCGAUAUGACGCCGUAGUCGCGGCUUGUGCGUUAACCCAAGACCUUGCCAUCAUGCCCCACGGCGAUAAGACGGAAAUUGGCGAGAGAGGCAUCAGUCUGUCCGGCGGCCAAAAAGCGAGGAUUUCCCUCGCGAGGGCCAUCUACUCAAGGGCAAAAAUCUUGCUGCUGGACGAUCCGCUCUCGGCAGUUGACAUGCAUACUGCGCGUACCUUGGUAGAAGGUCUACAAGGAGACCUCCUUCGAGGCCGAACAGUGGUGCUGGUUACACACCAUCUCGGCCUUUGUCAACCGGCAGCCUCGCUGCUUAUCCAUAUCAAAGGAGGCCGGAUAGACUAUGCAGGGUCAGCCACCGAGUUCAAGGUGGAUCCGACGGAGCUUGCAGAUGACCCGACCACGGAAGAAUCGUCCAAGCCAGGCUCGCAAGCAGAGUCGAGCAGCUCCGCCAGUCUUAGUCGGCCCAGAUCCCCCGAGCUGUCCAAGACGAGCGCAGCCGUCGAGGAUGCUGAUCUCGAAGGCGACGGCCGCUUGAUCGAGAAGGAAAAAAUCCAGGAGGGAAGAGUCAGUGGCGCAACAUACUUGAGCUAUCUCAAUGCUGCCGGUUGGCUUAAUUGGGCUCUCCUGUGCGGACUCAUGGUCUGUAGUCGCUUGUCGUCCGUUGCUUCGCAAUGGGCCUUAAAACUGUGGGGCGAAGCGUACCCGCACACCGCGCUCGAGCUCGUUGCGAUCUAUGAUCCCACCAAAGGCUUUCCUCGACCAGAUGUGAAUGUCGAUCCAUGGAUCCGACUCUAUCUGAUAAUCGGAUUGACGACCGGGUUCAUCAUCCUCGCCGGUUUGGCGGUCGGGAACUUCGCCGAGUUGAGAGCUUCUCGGAAGCUGUUUUCGGCUAUGCUCGGGCGUAUCGUUCGGGCACCAACUCGAUGGUAUGAUGUUACACCAACUGGAAGGAUUCUGAACCGACUGGUGUCAGAUAUAGACACCGUAGAUUUCGCUUUACACGAGACUUCUGUUGGGGCAAUCCGCGGAACCAUCGCAUUCGUUAUUUCGUUCAUCGUUAUCAUCCUGGUCGUGCCCACGUUCACUCCGAUCGCCUUGUUCAUCGCCUGGUUGUAUGUCCGAUUGGGCCCCAAUUAUAUCAAAACUUCUAGAGACUUGCGGCGCUUGGAAUCAGUUUCUAGGUCUCCUAUGUUCCAAAAUUUUUCUAAUCUCUUGUUUGGUAUUCAGUCCAUUCGUGCCUAUGCCGCUGAAGAUCGAUAUCAAAAUCUUUUCUUCAGCUCCUGUGAUACUUUCCAAACGAUGGACCAUCAUUAUUGGUUGACAAAUUUCUGGUUGAUGUGGCGAUACGAUUGUUUAGGAUCAGUCGUCGUGUUCUUGACCACGUGUUUUGCACUGGUGUCUGGGGUCAGUGAAGGAUUCGCGGCGAUCAGUGUAGUCCAAGCCGAAAUCUUUGCCCAAGCUACCCGAUCGUUGGUCUCAGUGUUUGCACAACUAGAAUUAGAUUUUAAUGCUGUUGAGAGAAUAACUGAAUAUCUGAAGAUCCCUCAGGAAGCACCAUCGAUUAUUGAGAGCUUCAGGCCGCCUGCCUAUUGGCCCUCUGAUACAUCAGGAUUGAUUGUUGAGAACUUGGUUGUCAAAUACGCUGAUCACUUACCGGCCGCUCUGAAAGCAAUCUCAUUCGAAAUCAAACCGAGAGAAAAAGUCGGGAUCAUCGGUCGAACCGGAUCUGGAAAAUCUACUUUGGCGAUGUCAUUGUUAAGGAUUCUAGAGGCGACAAGCGGUAGGAUAAUCUUGGAUGGGAUUGAUAUCAGUCGGAUUGGUUUAGAGGAUUUGCGAACUCGUAUUACGAUAGUCAGUCAAGAUGUGACGUUAUUUGAAGGGACCGUUCGAGAUAAUCUAGAUCCCUUGCACAUCCACAGCGACGAGGAAUGCUGGGAAGUAUUAAGGAGCUGUGGUCUGGCGAGCAUGGCAGCGAUAUUUGGAGCCCAGGAACUACCAUCGGCGAAGACGGACGAAGAGGACGACAGUACCUCGGAUACACUGACGGCUCCUCACCCGGCCAGGAUCUCGCUGAAAUCGCUGGACACGAAGCUUAGUGAGGGCGGCAAGAGCUUCAGUGUCGGUCAACGGCAGAUGUUAGCCUUGGCUAGAGCCAUGUUGAGGAGCACAAAAGUGGUUAUCAUGGAUGAGGCUACAUCAUCGAUUGACAUGGAAACUGACGCAAGAAUUCAAGCAACCAUCAGAGAGUGUAUGGGCGAUUCUAUGGUCAUCACUAUUGCCCAUCGACUCUUCACCGUCAUAGACUACGAUAAGUUGAUCAUUUUGAAAGAGGGCCAAAUCAUCGAAUUAGGCUCGCCUAAAGAUCUGAUACAGGACGUGAAUAGCGAGUUUAGGAGGAUGUGUGAAUCUAGUGCCGAUUGGCUCUCGCUCAAGAAUCAGCUGCUUUCGUGA